UUAACUUGGGAUCCAGACCAGACCUCAACAGAGUGUGCAAAACCAGUGAGUCUGAGAGAAGGAAAAAUUGAGAGAAGACCGGGAGCUUAAGUGAAAGCAGCUACUGCAAUAGCAAACUGAGACAAGAAACACACACACACCUCCCCCAGGGGCUGCUAUACUUAGUGACUGAACAGGCUGCUCUACAAGAAGCCGACUGCAAGCUAGUCAUGUUCCAGUGGCAAAUCGACCUGGGCUGGAUAUUGUACAUAAACACUUCAGCGGUGCAUAACUGAACUGGACAAAUCAGACAGUUCACUGAAGAACAGGAGCCAAAAAAGUGCAUCAGAUUUGCCUAGUGUGGUAACAUGAACAGAUUUCCUCAGCCUAAAAUGCAGCAAGAGACGUCAACCACAUGCAAAAGGUGACCAGAGACUUGAUUCAAGCAGUGUCCAAAACUUGGUGCAGGGAGAUGUUAGAGCUGACAGUGGAACAUAGUAUGUUAUAAGGGACAUGCGUUGGAGGAAUCACCAGCAAAAUAAGCUUAGUAAAGGAAUUCCGAUUUGUUCACAGACACACACACAUGCAUGUUUUAUUUAUAGAUGGGGAUUUUACAACAUUUAAAAGAAGUAGCACUUGGAUUUUUUCUGAAGUUUGUGCAUUUCUGAUAUUCCUUUUUUCUCUAGAAUCUGUGCUGUCAUUUCCCCUGCUAUACUAAAGACUGCCUUGAGAAUACCAUCACCUGGAAUUUUCUGUGUAAAUGAAACAGUGCAGCAACAAGUGAAUACAAGACACUUUCCAGCAUUUUCGUAUGGACUCUCUCUCUCUCUCUCUAUAUAUAUAUAUAUAUAUAUAUACAUACAUAUAUAUAUAUAUAUAUAUAUAUGUGUGUGUGUUGUUAUCCUGGACAAUAUCUGCAAAUGUCCUUAUUUGCUAUAAAAUGCAAGGGGUUGAUGUGACUCUUCAUUUUUCGCUUACCAGGAGAUAGUAACGUUGGAUGUGUUUUCUGUGACUCCCUUUUUAAAGUUUUUUUUUUAAUUGCCACUUCCUAAGCUGCCGUUUCACUCAACAAACUGUCAUCUAGUCUAGACAAUUUGUCGUAGCUUUGAGUAACGCUGUCACCAUGGUAACCACCAGUGGUCCAAUGUGAAUUUUGGAGAAAAAGAGUAAAAUAACGAAACUUGGAGAAGAUGUUCUUGGCAAUGUAUUAAUUCUUUGGGAACUUUUUAAACUGGCUGCUACACUGCUUGCUGGAGUAAACUCCUGAGAAGCAAGCACUGAGUCCGAAGAUCCUCCAAAAAGAGAACCUCUGGACGUUCUGAUCCUUGUCUAGCUAUUAAAAGGAAGAGUUCUUUAUUGAGCUUUAAUAUAUAUGAAUUGUUUCACUGUGACUGCAUAGUGCUGGCUGAAAAAAUAACUAGCUAUAAAUAUACAUACAUAUAUACAUACAUGUAUACAUGUAUGUGUAUAUAUGUAUGCAUUUGCAACAUGGGACUGUCACACAUCUUUUUGUUCUGCAGCUGCUUGGUUUUGAUUCCUCAUCGAGGUGUUUGCCAGCCUUACUUGAGACUGCGACCAUCUCCCAGUGACAACCUGCCUGUGAAGGAAAUCAUCGAGCAUCCAGACCCAGAAUACGAUCCCAAAGAACAAGACCUAGACGAAAGGACUCUGCGGAAAAAACUGGGUAGUCACUUUGACCCUAAUUUCAUGUCAGUGGCAUCCCCUGAAAAAGUGAACUUGUCUACCCAAGACCCACAAUAUUCCAGAUUCAAACCCCCUCCACUAUCACCAGACUUGAAGAAGCAUGACCUCUCUGUGACACCAUAUGGCAUGCGGCUUACUCUGGGCAAAAAGGCCAGAAGGAAAUUCUUGCAGUGGAUUUGGGCUUCUACCUAUUGCCCUGUAGUGUAUACCUGGAAGGACCUGGGGCAGAGGUUUUGGCCCCGUUACAUCAAGGAAGGGAACUGCUUCAGUGAAAAGUCAUGCUCCUUCCCUGAGGGCAUGUACUGUAAGCCCUCCAAGUCCGUGAACAAGACCUUGCUGAGGUGGUACUGCCAAGGAUGGGUAAAACAGAAGUACUGUACCUGGAUACCAAUGCAGUACCCCAUUAUAUCAGAAUGUAAAUGUUCCUGCUGAGGGAAGGAGCUGAACUGAGUGGGAAGGGAGGGGAAACGUGUCUUGCACUGUAGACUUUUCUAAAUAACAAUAAAUCUAGCGCAGAUAUACACCACAGUGUGACCUAGAAAAGUUCUAGCCACUGUAGUGAGAAUCUUAUUUUUAUACGUUUUAGCUUUUGCAUCAGUGUACAUAUACAGCUAUUUUUCCUUUUUUUAUUACAUUCUCUUUGUGAGGACACAAGACUAAAACCCUGCAAUCCAGAACACACUGAAACACAUGGAAUCUAAAGCACUUCUAACUAAGGGGGAGUGGCAUUUCACUUAGCAAAAAUUAGUUUAUCCUCUGUGAAUGUUGAGAUAUAUUAUUGUGAGUGCAAAUGAAUGAAUGAGUGUGUGUAAGUUUGUAUGUGACAUUAUCCCCCUAUAAAUGAUUUAUUUACUGACUUGAUGGACAUGAAAACUAACUCGCAAUGCUGCCUAGAGUUUUGUUUUUGUAUAAUAAUUAUUAUUAUUAAUAAGUAAUGGAAAAUAUCAGGUGGAAAUUUUAUUGAGUGAAUUCAGUCUCAUUUGUCAUUGGAAUACAUAUAGUACUGUGGAAAUUAAAGAUACAUGUACAAUUUAUUUAUUUUAAUGUUUGUGUAUAGAUAAAAGAAUCUAGAAAAUAUACGAGAGACUAUUGGAAAUGUUUACUUGAAUAUUUCUAAACAAACCCACAUAUUGGUGUAAAUAGAACAGUGAAACAUUUUUAGCAAUAAAAACUGUAUUUGAAACAA